AUGAAGUCCGUCUCCUUGCUCACGGCCUCUGUGCUGGUGGGCUGCGCCUCCGCCGAGGUACAUAAGCUGAAGCUCAACAAGCUUCCUCUGGAUGAGCAGCUUUUCACCCAGAACAUCGACGCCCAUAUCCACGCCCUGGGCCAGAAGUACAUGGGAGUCCGUCCCAACCAACAGGAACCGCUCGGUGACAACCCUGUCAAUGACUUGGGUAACCAUAAUGUCCUGGUCGAUAACUUCAUGAACGCUCAGUAUUUCUCUGAAAUCGAACUCGGCACUCCCCCCCAGAAGUUCAAGGUUGUGCUUGACACUGGAAGCUCCAACUUGUGGGUUCCAUCUUCCGAGUGCAGUUCCAUCGCCUGCUACCUGCACAACAAGUACGACUCGUCCGCGUCGUCCACCUAUAAGAAGAAUGGCACCGAGUUCUCCAUCAGAUACGGCUCUGGUAGCCUGAGUGGUUUUGUCUCGGAAGACACCCUCAAGAUCGGCGACCUGACCAUCAAGGAGCAGUUGUUUGCCGAGGCAACCAAUGAGCCUGGCCUGGCCUUUGCCUUUGGCCGCUUCGACGGUAUCCUUGGCCUGGGCUUUGAUACUAUCUCUGUCAACAGGAUUGAGCCUCCUUUCUACAAGAUGGUGAACCAGGGCCUCCUCGAUGAGCCCGUGUUUGCCUUCUACCUUGGAGAUGCGAACAAGGAGGGCGAUGAGUCGGUCGCCACCUUUGGCGGAGUUGACAAGAGCCACUACACUGGGGAGCUGAUCAAGAUCCCUCUCCGCCGUAAGGCGUACUGGGAGGUUGACCUUGAUGCCAUCACCCUUGGUGACGAAACUGCCGAUCUCGAGAACACCGGUGUCAUCCUUGACACUGGCACUUCGCUCAUUGCCCUGCCUUCCAACCUUGCCGAGAUGAUCAACGCCCAGAUCGGUGCCAAGAAGGGCUUCACCGGCCAGUACUCGGUUGACUGUGAGAAGCGUUCCUCUCUGCCCGACAUCACUUUCGCCCUGAGCGGCCACAACUUCACCAUUGGCCCGUAUGACUACACUCUGGAGGUCCAGGGAUCCUGCAUCAGCGCCUUCAUGGGAAUGGACUUCCCUGAGCCUGUGGGUCCGCUGGCCAUCCUGGGUGAUGCGUUCCUGCGGAAGUGGUACAGCGUCUAUGACCUGGGCAAUGGCGCUGUUGGUCUGGCUAAGGCUAAGUAA